AUGUGACCGUUGUGCCGCGGCUUCCCGCCCCCUUCUCGUUCGCCUCCCGCCUCCGCCCCCUUCCUAUUGGGCACGAUUCCGUUCCUAUAAACCCCUGCCGCACGCCCGCAGUGGAGAAAUCCCCCCAAAUCACAAUCCCCGUCCCUCGUCUCCCGCCGCCAGGACAGCCAUGGCCACCGCCGUAUCCACCCCCGCGGACCUGUCGCCGGCGCCGGUCCCGAGACGGCGGGGCCGGCCGCCGAAGAACCCCGCCCCCGCACCCGCCCCCGCCCCCGCCCCCGCCGUGGCGGAGGUGAUUGGGGACUACGAGCGCGAGAGGGCCGCGAGGAUCCGGGAGAACAUGGAGCGGAUGCAGAAGCUCGGCAUCCUCGACCUCGCGCAGACCCUCAGCUACUCCGCCGCCGGCUCGGCUCGAGGUACCGGCAGCGGACGUCGGCGCCGGAAGCCCGUGGACCCGGGUCCCGCUGGCGGGGCCAGGGUGAAGCCCGCGUCGCCGGCGCCCUCGCGGAGGUCGCUCAGGUUGAAGGACGUGGAAUCAAUUAGCUAUUGUGAAACUGAACCUAAGAAAGAGAAACACUCCGAAGUUGGCAAAAUUGAGGUAGUAGAGGUAGGAGCCAAGGAAGAAAUAUACACUGAAGAGCAUGACAGGCUUCUGGGAACAUGCUACACUCCUUGGACACUCUUUGUCGAUGGUUAUGGCAAAGAUGGAAAACGCAUCUAUGAUCAAGUGAGGGGCCAAACCUGUCAUCAGUGCCGGCAGAAAACUCUUGGUCAUCAUACAAGCUGCUGUAAAUGCCAGAUUGUUCAAGGGCAGUUCUGUGGAGAUUGUUUGUAUAUGAGGUAUGGCGAGAAUGUGUUAGAAGUUAAGAAGAAUCCUAACUGGAUAUGUCCAGUUUGCCGUGGCAUCUGUAAUUGCAGCAUAUGCAGAACCAAGAAAGGAUGGUUUCCUACUGGUUCUGCGUAUAGGAAGGUGGUUGGACUUGGGUACAAAUCUGUGGCACACUUUUUAAUUGCGACACAUCGAGCAUCAUCAGAUAACUCAGAGGAUUCAAGCCCAGCUGGCAAAGAGAAGUCGCUGUCUGCUAAAUCUGAAAGCUCAUGCAUUUCGGAUCAUGAUGGCCCGGAUGCCAAUGGGAGGCCCGAGGAUGGUGAAACGAGCAGCAAAGCUAAGGUGAACAAAGCAACCCGCCGCAAUGUGAAGAAGAAGAGUUCUGACGGCGACAAAGAAGACAGCAGAAGCGAGUCCGUGGUGACAUCUGAGUGCCAGGAUGGCCAUCAAGCCAACACGGAGGCUGGGUGUGCCACUCCGUCGUCCAAGCCAGUCUCAAGGAAGAGAAAGUGCGUUGAACGAAGCCCCGACUGCAUUGCAAGCAGGCUGCGGUCUCGGCUCAGUAUGCCGUGAUCCCCCCAUGGACAGUGAUCAGCAUCAUGAGUCUCUUUUUACUGUCUGACUGCAGGCUCGCCUUUUGCGAUGAAGUUAUGCUAGUGAAGAUGUUUUGUUUCAGCAGGUGAUUGGUGCAGCAGUUUUUUUUGCAGACCUUAAAACUGUGCUUACAACCGUAAUGAAAUAGGCUGUGCCAAUAGCUGUGUUGCAGUAUCCUACUAGCCUGCACCUUAAUGUAUAAUUCAUGCUAUGCGAGUCAUAACAUGUGCCCUUUUGUCUCCCUUGUGCAG